GGGACACGCAGAGGUGCAUUGGCAAGGGACGUGGAUUUUUUGGCCACCAACGACCAACGACCGACCCGCUCACUUUGUGAUUGCCAUUGAGAGUGCUAAGGACCAGUCGGCUAGUAUGGAGACUCCGAGCGAUAACAACAAGUUCCUCUCGACGCUCGAGACGCCGUUUACGCUCGCAGUCAACGGCGAGACGCACCACGAGAGCGUCGACCCGGCGACGUUGAGCUGGCACAAUUUGCGCUACACGGUGCAGCCCACGACGCUCCUCGGCAAGAACGGCCCGCCCAAGACGAUCCUCAAGAACAUCCAUGGCCACGUCUCGCCCGGCCAGCUCACGGCCAUCAUGGGGCCGUCUGGCAGCGGCAAGACGACGCUCCUCGACAUCCUCGCCGACCGCGUCUCGAGCGGCACGAUCGAGGGCAACAUCGAAGUCAACGGCCACACGCGCCACUCGUCGUCGUUCCGCAAGAUGGCCACGUACGUGGCCCAAGAAGACUCGCUCCUGGGGUCGUUUACGGUCCUCGAGACGCUGCGGUUUGCAGCCAAGAUCUCGCUCCAGGCGGCGCAUGCGGUCCAGGAGGAGCGUGUCCAGGCCGCGAUUGCCGACAUGGGCUUGACGAGCUGCGCCAACACACGCGUCGGCGACCUCUUCUUCAAGGGCAUUUCCGGUGGCCAGAAGCGCCGCCUCUCGAUUGCGAUUGCGCUUUUGACGAACCCGUCGAUUCUGCUGCUGGAUGAACCGACGUCCGGUCUCGACUCGGCGUCGACGUACCACAUCAUGAAGUACAUUGCGAAGCUCUGCGCGACGGGCCGCACGGUCAUUUGCACGAUCCACCAGCCGUCGGCCGAGGUCUACAACAUGUUUUCGACCGUCUCGAUCCUGGUCGAAGGCAGCACGGUCUUCUAUGGUGCGCCAUCGGCCGCGCUGACUCAUUUCGAGUCGCUCAACUACCCGUGCCCGCUGUACACGAACCCGGCCGAGUACUUUGUGAGCCUUGUCAACACGGACUUCGAGGGCCACGCUGACGUCCCUGCGUUCGUCAAGUCGUAUGCGUCGAGCGAGCUCUGCAACGGCAUUGUCCGGUCCAUUGAAGCCGACCGCCACGCCGCCUCGGCCCUCUCGCCCAAGAAGGUGCCGAGCCAAGGCGCGUCCGGCUUGACGCAGUGGAUGGUGCUCAUGCACCGCAACACGCUCGACAACAUUCGCAACCCGGGCAUCUACUGGGUGCGCCUCUUCAUGUACAUCAUGCUCUCGUUCAUGGUGGGCACCAUGUACUACCACACCAACACGGAUUUGACCAAGGAGGAUCUGCUACCGAUGCUCUUUUACGUCCAAGCGUUCCUCGUCUUUAUGAGCGUCGCCGUGCUGCCGUUCUUUAUCGAGCAACGCGCGGUGUUUGUUCGCGAGCGCGCCAACCAAGGCCUCAACGUCGGCAGCUAUGUCUUUGCCAACUUGCUCGCGGCCUUGCCCGGCAUCGCGCUCAUCUCGAUCCUGUCCACGGCGCUUGUGGUCUGGCUCGCGGACCUCAACGGGUUUGGGUACUUUUUCCUCAACCUCUUCUUGUCGCUGGUCGCGGCCGAGUCGCUCAUGUGUGUCAUCGCCGCCGCCGUGCCCCACUACAUUAUCGGCAUUGCUCUCGGGGCCGGCCUCUUUGGCAUGUUUAUGCUCUGCGAGGGCUUCAUGGUGCCCAAGCACGCGAUUCCCGACUACUGGAUCUGGGCCUACUACAUGGCUUUCCACACGUACUCGUUCGAGUCGUUUGUGUACACGCACUUUAACCCGAUGCAGUCGACCGACGCGACGGCGAAAGCGAUUCUGACGCGCUAUGGCUUCCAGAAUGUCGACGUCAACCGCAACAUGGGCAUCCUCGCCGCGUACACGGUGCUCUUCCAGCUCAUCUUUGCGUUCAUUCUCUACAAGUUCCACACGGGCCGCCGGUAA